GAGGGCCGUCCGUAUCAUGGCCGCAGGAUCCGGGACGGCAGGUCCCGCUUCCGGCCCGGGCGUCGUGCGUGACCCCACGGCGUCACAGCCGAGAAAGCGGCCCGGCCGGGAGGGCGGGGAGGGCGCGCGGCGGUCGGACGCGAUGGCGGGAGGAGGCGGGAGCAGCGACGGCAGCGGGCGGGCGGCGGGCCGGCGGGCGUCUCGCAGCGGCGGGCGGGCUCGGCGGGGGCGCCACGAGUCGGGGUUGGGGGGUGCCGCGGAGCGGGGCGCGGGGGAGGCACGGCUGGAGGAGGUGGUCAACCGCUGGGUGCUCAAGUUCUAUUUCCACGAGGCGCUGCGGGCUUUUCGGGGUAGCCGGUACGGGGACUUCAGGCAGAUCCGGGACAUCAUGCAGGCUUUGCUCGUCAGGCCCUUGGGGAAUGAGCAUACCGUGUCCCGGUUGCUGCGGGUUAUGCAGUGUCUGUCGCGCAUUGAAGAAGGGGAAAAUUUAGACUGUUCCUUUGACAUGGAGGCUGAGCUCACACCACUGGAAUCAGCUAUCAAUGUGCUGGAGAUGAUUAAAACGGAAUUUACACUGACAGAAGCAGUGGUCGAAUCCAGUAGAAAACUCAUCAAGGAGGCUGCUGUGAUUAUUUGUAUCAAAAACAAAGAAUUUGAAAAGGCUUCAAAAAUUUUGAAAAAACAUAUGUCCAAGGACCCCACAACUCAGAAGCUGAGAAAUGAUCUCCUCAACAUUAUCCGAGAAAAGAACUUGGCCCACCCUGUUAUCCAGAACUUUUCCUAUGAGACCUUCCAGCAGAAAAUGUUGCGCUUCCUGGAGAGCCACCUGGACGACACAGAGCCCUACCUCCUCACGAUGGCCAAAAAGGCUUUGAAAUCUGAGUCUGCUGCCUCAAGUACAGUAAAGGAAGAUAAACCACCAGCAUCAGAGUCUGUGGAAAAGCCACCCAGAGAACCCGCAAGGCAGCUACGGAAUCCUCCGACCACCAUUGGAAUUACAACUCUGAAGGCAGCUUUCAAGACCCUGUCCGGUGCACAGGAUUCUGAGGCAGCCUUCGCAAAACUGGACCAGAAAGAUCUGGUUCUUCCUAAUCAAGUGCCCCCACCAUCAUCAGCCCUCAAAAACAAAAGACCUCGAAAAGAUGAAAGUGAAAGCUCAAUCCCCGCUGAGGGUGAGGGCAGCUCGGAACUACAGCCCAAGAACAAGCGCAUGACAAUAAGCAGAUUGGUUUUGGAGGAGGACAGCCAGAGUACUGAGCAGAGCACAAGCCUCACCUCCUCCCAGGAGGUCAUGCCAGUGCCACCAGCCAAGUCCGCCGUUCUCAACCAAUCACUUCCUGGGAAAAAGAAUCCCAAGGUAUCCAGAGGCAAGUGGAACAGCUCUAAUGGGGUUGAAGAAAAAGAGACUUGGGUGGAAGAGGACGACCUAUUUCCAGGUCAUGCAGCGUCAGACGAAGACAGUUCAACCAGUAUAACAAAAAAGCAGAAGUGGACUGUAGAAGAAAGCGAGUGGGUCAAGGCUGGAGUGCAGAAAUACGGGGAAGGAAACUGGGCUGCCAUUUCUAAAAAUUACCCAUUUGUUAACCGAACAGCUGUGAUGAUUAAGGAUCGCUGGCGGACCAUGAAAAGACUUGGCAUGAACUGAAAACAGGCUUUCAUUUCCACAGAAUUCACAGGAGCAUGGUUCCUAAUAAUAGCCCCUGAUAGUCUGCUGUUUCUUUCAGAAGCUGGGCUGAGAUGAGAAUUUUGGGCAACCUCCUUCAACAAGGAGGAGGUCCCAGUUCCACUUCAUCACUGUUGGAUAUCAUGGAGAUAAGAAGCAAAGCCAAGUCCACCCCAUGUCCUUGGCAGAGAUGACAGGCAUACAGCUUGUACAGUGCCAGAAUAUCAUUAGUGUUUCCCUUCUUUAGUGGUUUGCUUAAAUUUAAAUCCUGGGUAAUCUGUAGAACCUUCUCCUAGGAAAUGGUGGCAUCUUAUGGAGCUUAUCCAUAACCUGUUAAAACCAGCAACAUGAGCAUUAUUUGGAGUGAACUUGUUCCACAUAAACUUUUGGCCUUCUGAUGCAAAUGCAAAGGAACUUUGUCUGUUUUGAGCCCAGGUUGAUGAGAGACCAGUCCUUGUGGAAUCAGAUUCCCUUUAAAAACUCUUUAGCCAGCUGCGACAUCAACCCUAGACCUGACAACCUUGGCAUUUGCUCUAAAUAUCUGCUGGGCUACCUAGGCAGGCUUAUCCUCCACUUCUCAUGUGGUUGAACCAGUGUGUUUUUUGGUAAAAUGGUGAUUGUAGAUUAACUUAGCCCCCCCAACCCCCCUUCCCAAUUCUAUUCCUUAUGCUGGACUUUUAAAGCUUAAAAAAAAUCCUGAUUGAAUAUAAAUGCCUAAUUCCAUUCUUUGUGAAAUGGUUGCUUCCACCUGAUUCCCUAGUUGUGCUGUGUUAGUGUCUUGCGCUGGAAUUCAACAUUCCCUUCUCCUUUUGUACUGUGUUGUGCUUGCUGUGUCUCUCGGACAUUCUUAAAGACUGUCUUUUUAGCAAAAAAAUUUCAGUAAAGUGUUUUCUGUAGUCUUUUUUUAAAAUAUGAGAAUUAAUUAUUGUCCAUACUUGUAGCAUUCUUCAUUAAAGUCUUGCUUCUCUCAAA